AUGCAAAAUGAUAUAACUACGCAUAUGACAUCACUAAAUGAAACACAACCGCCAACAUCAAUAGAUCCAGCUUUGAAACAACAUACAUAUGUUCUGCCUAUUCUUCUACCUGUUAUUAGUCCAUCAUCAAACCCUGAAGUUCUUGUAUUCAAUCUUGAUGAUAUAAAGCAACUCCGCAACAAUUGUCACAUUUUAGGCGUUUUAAUCGGUACAUUACAACAAUACCCACAACAGAACAUAUUUUUAUCGGUGCCGUUAAAAUUAAACAUCUAUGAAGUUUUAUGGUUGGUUGAAUAUCAAUAUGCCAUUUUAAUUGACCAAUUGGCGUAUCGUAGUGCUAGGUUAAAAUUGCAACAGGAGUCCUUGCAGGGGGGCAUAGUAGAGAAUGAUAAUUUGACAAAGAAUAAUAUCUUGGUUACGGAUAAUUGCGAAUCUGAUCGUGAUUCGAACCUAGCUCAAUCGUUUGCAGUACCAAUCAAAUCAUACUUGAAUGCAUACUUUAGGCACAAUAACGACCGAAAAAGUCUAGAUCAAUUUAUCAAGCAUUAUAAAUAUUACAAGUUUUUACAAAAUCAUGGGUUUUAUAUCAAUCCGGGGUUGAAAUUCGGGGGUGAUUUGGUGAUUUAUCCGGGGGACCCAUUGCGGUACCAUUCUUAUUCGAUGGUCAAGUUUGAUGUGGUUGAUAUGUAUGAUAUUAUUGUUGGUGGACGAUUGGCUACUAGUGUGAAGAAGAACUUGAUCUUGAUGGAGUUGAAGGGUGAGGGAAAAAAUGAGAAUAGUAAAAAUGAUGGUGAUGAAGUUUGUGUUGAUGAUAAGUUUUUGGAGGCAUUGUUUGAUGAUGAUGAUGAUGAUGAUGAUGAGCCAAUGUGUUUUUCUAUUGAAUGGGCAGGAUUUGGAUAA